AUGACAGAACAAGAAGUCUUGGCACGCCUACCCCGGUGGCUAAGUCACUGGCUUGGCUAUCGUGACAGUCCACCAAAGCCUCUACCCAAGUAUCAGAUCUGGCUGUGGUCCUUCAUCUCAGCCUUCUGCGGGCUCUGCGUCGUGCAGGCCAUCUUCAACUACUCCCACUACUUUCUCAGCCGCAAUGUACCCGGCAUCAUCGCAUCUUACGGAGCGUCCGCAGUCCUCGUGUACGGCGCAAUUGAAAGUCCACUCGCGCAGCCUCGCGCUCUCAUCUUUGGCCACUUCCUAAGCGCCCUGGUCGGACUGUGCAUCACGAAGCUCUUCAGCCUGAUGCCAGACGAGGAGAAGUUCAACUCCCUGCGCUGGCUGGCCGCUUCGCUCUCGUCUGCAGUCGCGGUCGUGGUCAUGCAGAUCACAGAGACCACCCACCCGCCCGCCGGUGCCACGGCUCUGCUCCCUGCCACCAACGACGCCAUCUGGGCCCUGUCCUGGUACUAUCUACCCGUGGUGCUUCUGUCGUCGACCAUGAUUCUUGCUGUCGCGCUGGUUGUCAACAACCUCCAGCGCCGGUACCCCAUGUUUUGGGUCUCGCCCGUCAAGCCGAUACCGGCUCUGCCGCAGACGUCGCCCAAGCAGUGAGGAUC